GCCACAUCCACCGCGUCGAGAAAGAGACCAGCUAGACACCGGCCAUAUCCACCGCAGCCGCCAUCCUCGGUCUACUGCUAGUCUGACUCCCUUCAAGACAAGCAGACGUCUCCUCCUUGCUAGAUCCACUGCUUUCCCCUUUCCAAAAGGUCGCGCUUGACGCAUUGCAAUUAGAACGCGCUUGACGCACUUCCCCUCCGUUCCUACACGAUGGCCAGCUCUACUACUCCUGGGAAGCACGCAACGACGACGAUUGGCGAGCGGCCACGGCCCAGCUUUGCACCGCUUCGACUACCACUACGUCGACGCUUGGCAACGGUUGCCGUUUUGACGCAUACAGUCUCCAUUGCACUGGCUGUAUCCAUCUUCUUCUACCUUUGCUCGCUUCCAAUCCUCUGGCCAAUCAUCGUCAUCUAUGUUAUAUGGAUGAUAUCAGACACCGCCCCCGACAACGGUGUUCAUCGGCGAAAGCAAUUCAUGAGAAAAGGCAAACUCUGGAAGUGGUUCUGUGAUUACUUCCCAUUAAAGUUGCACAAGACUGCUGAUCUAGAUCCAAAGCAGAGCUACAUCUUUGGAUAUCACCCGCAUGGAAUCAUCUCUAUGGGUGCGUUUGGCGUCUUUGCAACGGAAGCUGCUGGCUUCAGUACUCUCUUCCCAGGAAUCCACAAUUCUCUCUUGACCUUGAGUUCAAAUUUUAGAAUUCCCCUCUAUCGAGACUACAUCAUGUCCAUGGGCAUUGCCUCUGUCUCGAAACGAUCUUGUGAGAAGCUACUGGCACAUGGUCCAGGUCAUGCCAUUACCAUUGUCAUUGGUGGUGCGCAGGAGUCUCUCCUCUCAAAACCACACGCAAAUGAUCUUGUCUUGAAUAAACGUCUCGGUGUCUUCAAAAUCGCCAUGAAGAACGGUGCCUCGCUCGUGCCAGUUUACGCAUUUGGCGAGAAUGACGUAUAUCGUCAAGUCGACAAUGAACCAGGUUCAUGGCUCUAUGGCUUUCAACAGUUAUUUAAGAAAGCAGCUGGAUUUACAGUUCCGAUGUUUCAUGCGCGGGGUGUGCUCAACUACGAUUUCGGACUCAUGCCGUAUCGUGCACCCAUCAAUGUGGUUGUGGGUAAACCGAUUCGUGUUGAGAAGAAUACAAAUCCAUCGUUGGAGGAGAUCAAGGCUGUGCAAGCGAAAUACAUUGAAGGUCUUACGGCCAUUUGGGAGCAGUAUAAGGAUGAUUUUGCAACCGACAGGGAAAAGGAGAUGACGCUGAUUGAGUGAGCGAGCGUUCAGCGUGCUUGAGAGGUGUCCCCGUACAGAUUUGACCUUGUUUUCUCGCGUGCGUACUGUUAUAGACUUCCUGCAUGUCCGAUUACUUUUGCUCGAUGCUCUUGGACGUGUUGAGGUUGGAUUAGUUUGGCUGCAUGAGCUCUGCAAAGAGCGUGUCG